AACCUCCUCUUUGCCAAGUGUUUGCCACUUUAACAGAUCUUAUCAAGAAAGGCUAAUUUUGGAGAAAGAUACUAUAAACAAAUAGAGUACAUGUCCAACAAAUUUACAUUCUCUUUGCCUUCACCUUGAUCUCUAACUCUGCUUUUAUUACCAGAAGAAUAAGAAUAAGAAAUUGUGUGAAGAGGAAUGGUCUUGAUUACCAAGAUGUCUCUAUCCAUCUACAUCAUUCGUCUCCUCAUUUUCUCCUUGAUUUCCACAUGUGUUAUCUGCAACCAGGCGGAGGAUAAUCUUCUUCAAGGCCUAAACAGCCACCGAACUGCUCAAAAAGUUGCACCUUUUACAAAGAACGAGAAGGCUGAUUGUGUGGCCGAUGAGAUCGCCGACAAGCUCGAAGAUCAACCAUGCACAAACCACUCCACAGCCGGCACGGUUACUCCUGGCUCGGUCCCUCCGCAGUUAACUAACUACCAAGACAUUCUUUCUGAGUGCAAAAUCGACCCAAACACUACCCGUGACGGAUUGAUCUUACCAGUUUGUAUCCCUAACCGGAUCCCUACUCUGGCUUUAACUAAUUACACACAAACCGGUUAUGCUAAGUAUCUGAACGAUUCGAGGUAUGUUGGGGCUGGUGUUGGGUCGGAGAAAGAGUGGAUGGUGGUUGUGCUGACCACAAGCACUCCAGGUGGAAGCUUUACUGCUGGUAAGGCGACGUCUGUGAGAGUGAUGACUGGUUUAGGGCUAAUGGGCUUCUUGUUUAGCUGCCUUGUUCUUUUAUAAGCGUACUGAAGCUUUUGUUUUGUUUGAAGACUCUUUUUGUUUCUCUUUUACGCUGUGUUUUGGACGGAUAGUAUAAAACAACACAUCGUAAUUAACAAA